CUAUAUUUCAAACACGCCUACCACAGUGGUACCAUCAACUACUUCAGAUACACCAACCACACAUCCUCCGACAACAAGCAAUGCUGCAACCCCAAGCCAAGGCACAGCUACUACUGACUUAACCACUCCAAUACCCGAUACUACGUCACAACCUCCACCAUCAACACCAAUGACAACAAUGCAAGAGCCCACCACUGCGGAUGAAACGGUAGCCCCAGUGGUACCAUCAACUACUUCAGAUACACCAACCACACAUCCUCCGACAACAAGCGAUGCUGCAACCCCAAGCCAAGACACAGCUAGUACUGACUUAACCACUCCAAUACCCGAUACUACGUCACAACCUCCACCAUCAACACCAAUGACAACAAUGCAAGAGCCCACCACUGCGGAUGAAACGGUAGCCCCAGUGGUACCAUCAACUACUUCAGAUACACCAACCACACAUCCUCCGACAACAAGCGAUGCUGCAACCCCAAGCCAAGACACAGCUACCACUGGCUUAACCACUCCAAUACCCGAUACUACGUCACAACCUCCACCAUCAACACCAAUGACAACAAUGCAAGAGCCCACCACUGCGGAUGAAACGGUAGCCCCAGAACCGAUUCGUGUUGUAUCUUCACCUACCAGUCUUACAAUAAGCGCACUUGAACGCGUUGAGAUGACGUGUGGUUUCGAGAACGCUGUUCGCUUCGAAUGGCAAAAGGAUAAUAUCACGAUCGCUGGAACUCAAAACCAGCCAGUUUACACCAUUCUAUCCAUGACUCCAUCAGAUAUUGGAUACUACCGCUGUAGAGGAGAAGGAGUAAACCAUAAUGGGGUUACUGAGAUCUUCACGGAUCAAGCCUCCAUUUAUAUCACAGAGUUAUCAAACGUGUUGAUCCAGAACGCCAGGUUUAAUAUCAACGUCACUUCAUCCGGGGAUUUAUCAGACAUUACGUCACAGUAUCACAGUGAUGCAUCGGAAAUGAUCGAAAAUUAUGUCCAAACUGGUCUGAUGGAGUCUGGUAACUUUGAAGAGAAUUCUUUGUCUGUGGUAUCAUCCAAUCUUCGAGAGGGAAGCAUCAUAGCUAACCUGAAUAUGUACGUCGUAGAAAACGGAUCCUCGUCUUUCGAGAUUCAUCAAACUGUGCAAGACUCUUUCCAAGCCUUGUCCGCCCAGUCUGAUGGAAUACUUGAUGUAUCAACAGUCACGAUUACAAGCACCUCAAUCUGUCCUACCUUCACGUGGAUGUCAAGGUUCGGUGAGGCCGUUUUCGUGGCAGGAGAAGUGAAUUCCAGAUAUAAUUCAACAGGACCAAAGUGUCCCUUUAAUACGACAAAUGCUCAUCAACCCGUUGGCACGGCAUUGUGUUUGGGAGACAAGAUCAGUAAACCAAAAUGGAUUCCAGAUGAUAAUUGCGGUGUAUUCAAGAAUGUAUCUGAAUUGUUGAAGGAAAUUAGCAGUGUGGAGGUAACGGAGGAAAAUGCCGAGGAAAUUGUUGAACAAGUGGCGAUUGUUACAGAAAGCACAGAAGAAUUAACAUCCUCAGACAUCAGUGAUAUCUCAGGUCUUGUCUUAGAUACAGUGAAUCAGAACAAUAGUGGACGGGAGUUUACUGCUUUUGUGGUGAGCAUUGUGAACAACGUUGGUUCGGCUGACACCACCGAUCUCCAAGAAGCUCAAGAUUCCAGUAAUGCCGUCUCGAACAUGUUUGAGGCAUACGAGACUCAACUCAACAAAGUCGACGUUGAAGAAGAUCCAUUUGAUGUCUCGGAGGAAAAUCUCGCAGUUCAGGUUCGGAAUGUACUCCUUGAAGAACUGGAUCAAGGGUUCGGACUUUCCCUCACUGGGGAAAGUGCAACAGAUCUUUCAAAUGCUAACAUCACUGCCACGAUGGGAGAAGAUUCAGAGGAACAACGCGUCGGUCUUAUAGCUGAGGUACGGUUUCCUCCUGAGAUUGCUUCCCUAGUGGACACCAAUGUCAAGGUCAUCUUCAAUGUCUUCGCUAACCCAGCGCUUUUUUCCUCACCAUCGCUUCUGAACUCUAGCAGACAGAACCCGGAUGUAAAUACCACCGUCAACACCCCUGUUGUUCUACUCAGCAUUGGUGAUGUGGAAGUAGAAGGACUGGGUCAAUCAAUCAACUUGACCUUUACAGCUUUGGAGCCUGAUUAUGUGAACCAACAGUGUGUUUUCUGGGACCAAGAGAAUUCAUUGUGGUCUCCCGACGGUUGUAAGGUUGUCCAUUCCAAGAGUGGCACUUCGAUGCUGCCUGGUUCAUCGAGCCUUCCAGGUGCCAACGGUUCUAACACUGAUCUUGAAAGCUCGAUCUUGGAGACAUACACCUGUGCAUGCGACCACCUUACAAACUUUGCGAUCUUAAUGGAUAUCCAAGGUGCGACCGGGGGUAAGACUGCGUAUACCUACCUUAGUUUCAUUGGAUGUGCUAUCUCAACGGUCUGCCUUGUCAUCUCCCUAGGGACAUAUCUAUGGAAUAAAAAGCUGCGGAGUCGCCAGACGCACCAGAUCUUCAUCUGCUUGUGCGCCACCUUGCUCGGUCUCUACAUCACAUUCCUCACCAUGCUCGCCCUGGACACAGCACGGGACACUGUGGAAGUGAAUCCUGGAGCGUGUGGGUUCCUAGCCGGUCUCAUCCACUUCUUUGUGCUAUCAUCUAUCGCCUGGAUGGGAGUGGAAGGUUUCAAUACAUACCUGGUUAUCGUCAAGAUCUUCAAUACGUACAUACCAAACUUCAUGGUCAAAGCCGGCCUUGCAGCCUGGGGUGUUCCUGCAAUCAUCGUAAUCCUGACGGGUGGUAUAGCGAAUACGAAGUAUGCACGACAGGAAGUAUGCUUCAUUCGUCUGUGGUCUCAAGUCGGUGGUCUUCUGAUACCCGUCGCCGUUGUCCUCGUCGCCAAUGUGGUCAUCUUCAUCCUGGUCAUUCGCCAGCUAUCGAAAUCAUCUCAGAUGGCUGGGAAAAUAAAAAAGGACAGCGAUGCGACUCGUGAGGAGACUAUUGAACGCAUCAAGAACGCAAUCGCCAUCUUGGUUUUGCUAGGGUUAACAUGGAUCACCGGUUAUCUUUUGCUGAUCGAAACGUUCACUCUGGUUGUGCAGGCUUUAUUCAUCUUGUUCAACUCUUUCCAAGGCCUCUUCAUCUUCAUCCUCUACUGCUUGCGGAAGCCCAUGGUUCGUCAGCAAUGGGGUUUGACCUGUUCUUGUUUCGAGGGAGACGUCAGCUAUGGACGGCGGGUGUCCUCUGCAUCGGCUUCGGACAGUCUCACGGCCAUUUCGAAGUUCUUGACGAGUAGGAGGAAGAGAAAGUACAGCACCGGGGACGAGGUACUGACGGGAGUAUCCAGCGGGACUGAUCCUAUGCCAUCACCGUCGAUCUCCAAUCCUACUUACAGUGAAGGCGAUGUUGCAUUCGAUGGAUAUAGCGGCAUGGACUAUGGCAGUUACAAGGAACGUGCUGAUGAAAGUAAUAUUUGAUA